AUGAACAGAUUUGAAAUGACAUCUCAGUUGACAUUUACAAUUGUCGAACCUUUUUACGCGCCCUUAAUUGAUAUCUUCGAAUUGGAUAAUUAAAUAGCUUUUUGUCAAAUGGAAGCAGAUAUGGCAAAUGACUUCCAAGCCUAUGGCCAGCAAUGCACUAAAAAUGCAGUUAGCUGUAUGCAAUGUCCAGAAUCGGAAUGUUUAUGGUUUUGCUUGAGCUGCGGUCACAUUGGGUGUUCGCGCCAUAAAAACAGACAUGCUCUACAGCAUUACUUUAAUACCGGACAUGGACUGUCGAUGAACUUGAAAAAUUUUCAGGUCUGGAAUUAUAAGAGGAAUCGUUAUGAUGCUGUCAUAUCCAACGCCAGAAAGUCGGAGGAGAAAUGUCGCCCGCAAUGCCAGUGUCCUAUUUGUGAAUAUUACAAAAUACCAAAACUAAACUGCGAUGCCACCAGCAUUCCGAUUACAUGCAUGUCAUGCAGCGAAAAAGAGGGCCUAUGGCUUUGCCUAACCUGCAAUCAUGUCGGGUGUGCACGUUAUUUAAAUGGCCAUGCUCUUAGGCACAAUGAAGAACUUGGCCACUGUCAGGUUAUGGACUUAAAAAUAUUUAGUAUUUGGGAUUACAAGCUGGACCAAUACAUUCAUCGCUGUCUUUGCAAUCGAGACUGCGGCACGAGGCAAAAAUCUACUUCAGGCACUCUGUUAAAUGUUGAACUACAACCUGGUAGCCCCCCAGAACAGAUGUAUGAGAAACGUAUCCAGUGCUUGGAAAAUGAAUGGAAGACUUUUUGCCAAUUAAAAGAAACCAAUCGUCAAAUGAUCUCCAUCGAACAGCGUCUGAUCACAUUGAGCGAGGAAAAGAAAUUGUUGGAGAGUAAAUUAAUGGAACAUGAUAGCAAAUUAAAUGAACUUCUAAGCCAGUUUAAGGGUGGUAAUCAAAAUUCUUGUUUUCCAACGUCAUUCGCCACAUCUGCGCAACAAAACGAUAACAACAUAUCGCCCUUUAAUUUGGAUCAAACUCAGUUGCUGAUAAUGUCUUUGGUGAUACUAUUCCUUUUCAGUUUUGUUCAAUUGCUAAUACAAGCCAUUGUUGGUAGAAAUUAAUUUUAAGAAUAAAAACAAGUUAUUUUAAGUUUUGUUUAAGAAACUGUCAUUGUCAUUGGUACGUAAUGUUAUACUUAUUUUAUUUUAUUAUAUUGAAAUUUUCUAAUUAUUUAAUUUACUUAUCUGUUUAUCUCUGUACAAAAUUCGUGAAAAUUACAGCACAUGUUUAUAAAUUAUAAAUUUUUAAACUACUCCCAUCUAAAUAAAAAAAAUUAAAAAUCUUUGUAUAAAAAAAUAAAAAAUCAAACAUUUCAAAAGUA